GUCAAGCAACAACAUUAUUCUUGUUCUAUAUUUUUGGAUUCUCAUAUCAUAUUUGCUCUCUCACACAUCUAUCUCCUGCUUGAAAAUGGCUUUCUCCCUUCAAAUUGAGAAUGAAUUUGUUCAGAACUCAGAGAGAGUGAAGUCUGUUGAUCUGCAUCCAACUGAGCCAAGGAUUCUAGUGGGUUUGUAUUCAGGAACAAUUUCCAUUUGGAACUACAAUACCAAGACUGAAGAAAAGUCUUUCAAGAUCAGCGAGUCACCAGUGAGAUCAGCCAAGUUCAUAGCUCGAGAAAACUGGAUUGUAGCCGCAACCGACGACAAAUUUAUCCGUGUUUACAAUUACAAAAACACAGAGAAGGUGACAGAGUUUGAGGCUCACAAAGAUUUCAUAAGGAGUUUGGCUGUACAUCCUACACUGCCAUGUGUUAUAUCAGCUUCUGAUGAUCAAGUUCUUAAGGUUUGGGAUUGGACUAAUGGUUGGUCAAGUGUUCAAAACUUUGAAGGUCAUUCUCAUUAUGUGAUGCAAAUUGCAUUAAAUCCAAAUGAUGAAUCUUCCUUUGCAAGUGCUUCCCUUGAUGGAACUAUAAAGAUUUGGAAUCUAAGCUCCUCAGCUGCAAAAUUUACCUUGGAGGGACACUUAAAAGGGGUGAAUUGUGUUGAGUAUUUCUCAAGAAAUGGCAAGCAAUAUUUGUUGAGUGGUUCUGAUGAUUACACUGCUAAGGUUUGGGAUUAUCAUAAUACUGAAAACGUUGUACAAACAUUGGAAGGACAUAAAAACAAUGUUACAGCAAUCUGUGCCCAUCCUGAGUUUCCUAUAAUAGUCACAGCUUCAGAGGAUAACACUGUUAAAAUAUGGGAUGCUGUCACUUAUAGGUAA